CGGCCGCCAUGAUGUCCCUUUCUACAUUCACUGGCAAAAGCAUCGCACUUCUCGGACUUGUGUUCUCUAGCUUUGCUCUCGCCAAGUCUAGUUCCAAAUCUUGGCAAACUGACGCGACUUACACGAAUACCAACCCCACGAACCUCGCUGCAGACGUCUACGUCCGGUGGGACACCUCCACCAAUGCGUACUGGGCUUAUUCUACAGAGGGCAUGGACGAUGGCUGGAUGUUCGCGAUCUAUACCAGCCCGGAUAUGACCACUUGGAGCAAGAUCGAAGGUGGUGCCAUCAAGAACGCGACCGAGAGUGCCAACUGGGCUCAGGAUUGGUAUUGGGCUCCAGAAUGCUAUCAUAACGAGGAAACAGGAUGGUACUUUUUAUUCUACGCAGGCCGUUACACAGAGCCCGAACUUGUAGCCCAAUAUUUUAAGUACCCCGAUUUCGAAGAAGGCUCAAAAAUUGGCGUCGCAGUGUCCAGGUCUCCCUCCGGCCCCUUCGUCAACAUUGCCGCCCACCCAAUCGACUACUACCCCUUCGACCCCACCUAUCACGACAUCAACCUCCUCAUGACCUCUCCUUACCUCGUCCCCCCAUCCUCUCCCUCCAUCGGCGAAACCGCUCCCAACGGCACAUACAUCCCCUCCAUUGACCCCAAUGUUUUCUUCGAUGACGACGGCUCCAUCUGGUUAUUCUUCAGCCGGAACGCCUACAGGAACUGGAUCUGGGACGACGAGUACGCUGAGUACAUCGAGGAGAGCAAUAUCUAUGCAGUCAGACUCGACGACGCGUGGUGGAAUGACCCGGAGGCGAAGACAAUGCCUGCUGUGCAUGAGAGCUAUAAGGAUGUGAAUCAGGGGAAACCGGAAGGCUGGGUGACUUCGGUGAACUCGAGUUUCCCGGGCCCGACGAGAAGGGAUGGUUGGGAGCAAAUCAUUGCUUAUCACCAGCAACCUCAGGAAUGGGAGAACGCUCAUGUUCAUGACUACAUCGCGAGCAAUGGCACCCUGAAGAACCGACGAUGGUCCGAGGGCUCGACGACUAUCAAGCAGUACGACUCUGACGGUAACGCGGUUUAUUUCCUGACUUACAGCGCCAACAAUUACGAAUCACCCUACUACGGCGUUGGCUACGCCUACGCAUCUAGCCCACUGGGUCCCUAUUACAAGUCCAACUCGAACCCUAUCCUCUCCCAAGACGCCUCCCGCUCUAUCUACUCCACCGGACACGGCUCCAUCAUCGGCGUGAAAGGAAGCAAUAGCACGAAAGAGCUCUACUAUCCGCAUCACGCCCGUCCCACCGUUGAGGCCGACCGCUACCUCUACAACGCACGUCUCUUCGUCGAGCCCGACAGCCUCUAUGUCGGCUUCGGCGCGGACGCGGGGGACCUUCGUCUUCCCUCCGGCGUCGCCCCGUUUUCCGUUUCCUCGAACUCUACCGGGAAUGGAACAUGGACUGUGAAUGUGGAGAACAAAGACGGUGUGGCGUUCAACCUCUCCAGUCCCGCGAACAGGCUCUUUGCUUGGAUUGAGAGUGGUGAUGCCAGUGGGAACACGACCAGCGUAGGCGUGGAUGUUGAAGUGGUGGGCGAAAAUGUGACGGUGACGGGCGCGUUACCCCAAGGAGCGACGAUAAAUGUGGUCUACCAGCGGGCGCGGUCAAACGACUCACAGCCUUGGUUGAACGUCAGCCAGGUGACAGGGUUGGGAGCAGACUGGGAGCUGGUAGGUACGAUGCUGGACUAAUGAAUCGACGGUGGCCCACAAUAGUACGAAGGGAAUGGACGCUAUGCUCCGUAACGACUACAGAAACGUAAUAAUACACAAAGCAACUUGUG